ACCUCUUCUGGGCGGGGCUUGGAGCAGCAGUUUAGUCCUUUUAUCAGAGCUGUCAGAUGAAACACUGAGCUCUUUCAGCCCUUUUAAAAACCUGAAAAACAGUUUCAAAUCCAAAUGAAUCGAUACAUUUGAGGAGUUUAAACCGCGUAUUUGUUUUCUGAAGCUUCGUUUGCCGAAUUUUGACAUUCGUAAGGUAGGAUUUGAUUUUAUCCGUCAUGGUUUUGGAGCAUGCUAAUGCUAACAGAGUGUGUGCAGCAGGAGUAACAGUCUGCUGUAUCCGGUUAAAAACAGAAAUAAAUUAGAUUUUCUCUUCAGUUUAUUGUCAGUUUUCAUUGUCUUUGUCCCCCUGUACCCUGCAGUGGUCGUCAUGGGGGAGGUGGAGCUGUCCUGUCGGGCUUAUGUGAAGAUGUACCUUCACUCCUGUCUGUUCCCGAGGUGCAGCAUCAACGGGCUGCUGUUGUCGUCUGCGUCCACAGGGGGCGCUGUGUGUGUGACGGACUGUGUACCUCUGCUGCACUCCCACCUGUCCCUGGCUCCCAUCACUCAGCUGGCACUCACACAGGUAAGACCUCAGGGGACAAAGACAGGUGUCCUGACUCUUUAAAUUCUGCUCUGGUGUAGGAAGACGGAUCACAGACAACCUGAGCCAGACACAGCUUUUAAAGGAUUGAAGUAACCUGUGGGUUAGGUUUGGAUUUAAUCUUCCUCUAAGGAUAGAUUGUAGUAAAUGAGUACAUGUCAGCAGAUAAGAGGGUGGAUUUUUAACGUGAAUAUUUAACCUUAACGAGUUUUAAACCACUAUUGAAGUAAACCUGUUUGUUUAAAAAAUUAUGGUUAAGAGUCCCACGUCUGACAUCUUCUCGUGUUAAUGUUCUUUAGAAAUUUCAACAGUUCACAGCUGAAUUACUUCUAAACAGACAAAUCUUUCCUUUAUUUUAAUGUCUGAAAUACUAACCUCUAUCCAUCCAUAAUUUAGCCUUAACCCUUUAUUGCCUUUUGUAUCAUAUUUGAUACAUACUUUUAUGAUACUUCUAUCAAAUCAAUAUGAUCAACAAAUUACUGAAAAAAACAUCUAAUAUAUCAAACGAGAUAAAAAAAUAUAUUAGUUUUUUUUCCGUUUUUUAGUAGUAAGUGAAAUAAACAUUUCAGCUCAAAAAAAAAUUGAAUUUUCUGGCCACAAUUUGUGGUGUCAGUCAUUAAAGGGUUUCUCCUUCACUCCUACUCUAGAUUACCUGCAAAUUAUAAGAGACUUUAACACAGUGCUGUGUGCCUGAUGUUUGUUUGGAGGUUGUUUUUUUUUUUUGCCCCCUCCAGGGUUGAAUCCCUUUUGUGUGUUUGAAGUUAUUGUACAGCGAUGUUCUGUCCUGUUGUUUCAGGUGGAUGUUUGGUGUUCACAGACUCAGCAGAGGAUAGUGGGAUAUUAUCAGGCAAACGCCUGUGCAUCAGACAGUAGGUGAGCCGUGAUCAGAAACAGCUGAUCAGACCUUUUUUAAGGAAGAGUUUGAAGAGGUUUUAUUGAAGGAAAUAAAAACUUUUGGACGUUUGGUUAAACUUUCUUCAUCUUCUGACCUCCACAGCCCGACACCGUGUGCAAUGAAGAUAGCCGAUAAGAUUGCUGAGCAGUUCGACAAUGCAGUUUUGUUAAUGGUAAGGAUUGAAACUCUAAUUUUUUUAAAUAUUUUCAGUCCAACAAGCUGAUUGAUUGUGUUUUUAUUCGCUUCCCUCCGCAGCUCGAUGGCAGUAAAAUGUCUCCGGAUUAUCGUGUUCCUCCUAUCGUGAUGUACGAGCGCAAAGACUCAAGAUGGACACUCAAAGACAAACACACGUGAGAGUCGACUUAAAAACAGAAACAUCCUGAAGUAUAUUUAACAGCCUCUAAACAUCAGCAUCAAUAUUCUGUUGUUUCCUCUCAUUGUUCAGGAUAAUGCUGCGACAGUGGGAGGAGACUCGGGACAUCGCCGGGCAGAUGCUGGAGUCUGGAGAUCACUCGCUAUUGGUGGAUUUUGACAGCCACUUGGACGACAUAACAAAGGACUGGACCAAUCAGAAACUAAAUAACAAGAUAGCUGAGCUAGCCUCGCCGGCUAACGGGAGCAUGUAGACCCAGAAGUAGCAUCAGUUUGUACUAGACUCUAGAUUUAUUUAUGUCCUGACCCGACAUCAUCGUUAUCAUGUAGAAUAAUCAUUUUUAUAACCUCACACACACACAGAGCUCCACACAGAGUUAGGAGUAACGUCACUUUAAUGCAUUUUUCAACAGAACAUGGACAUAACACAGGACAUGCAUAAAUAACUCAAUAUUUACAGUUUGUUUGACUCUGCAGUCUUCCCUCCCUCCCCCUUCCUCUGAGUGUGCCUUGUGGCUCAGCCCGACACCCCGUUCAUUUCAAUAUAACACUAUUAUUACAACGCACCCAUGGAAUCUCUGGUCCUGUGUUUUCCUAUUUUAUUGUUGUGUUUUUGUUAUUUAUGUGUACGUAAAAAAAAAAUCCAGACAGUGAACUCAAGAGCAGAAGCACCUUCGAAUACAAAAGUCCCGCAGUGAAAACAGCCUGUUGGAGUUUAAGGUGUUUUUUUUGGCUCACAUCAUGUCGACACAAUAGCUUAGUAGUUGGAAAAAUAAAAUAAAAUUUGAUGCAUUGGUAAUGAACAGGAAGUUUGUUUCACAUUCUCUCUAUUUAGCGUUUUUACACAAAUGUUUCGAUAAAAGAAAAACAAAUUAAGUCCGCACAAGCAAUACUUUUGAGGUCAAGAACGUUUUUCUGAGUUCUAAAUAAAAAUUAAGAUUUUUUUUACCCUUAAAAUUCAUUAAAAGUCAAAAGGCUGCAUUUAAUUUCACAGAACUAUGACCAACAAAAAAAGAAUAGAAGAAGAGCAGCUCUGAAUCCUGAGAUUAAAAUCCAAAUUCUGAUUUUAAUCUCAAAAUUCUGAAAUGAAAGUCAAUCUUAGAUCUUAAGAUUUCCAAGAAUUUAAACAUUUUUUAGUUACCCUCUUCGAUGAUUAAACAUUAAUAAACUAUCUGCAUACCAUUUAUAAAUCAUCUAUUUAUCAUUUAUUAGUUUUGGUUGUUGUGAAGUGUCACCAAGUUUUUGUUUUUAUUUCUUCACAGUAAAACUUCUUCAGUGAACAUCCAAAAAUAGAGGCUGUUCUUGCACCUCUCAGCUGUCUGUUGCCUGUUAAAUCACAGCUCUCAUUUUGUGUGAAUAUCACCAAUGGAAGCUCCAUAAAUCCUGCUAACAAGCGUCGGGGAAAGCCUCAACAAAACUGAACACGUUAAGCUCCAACAGAUUGAUUUUACUGCCGCAUUUUUAUACUGAAAUGUGAGACGUUUGCUCUUGAGUUCACCCUUAACACCUUAAAACUAAAAGUUUAACGGUUAAAUAUGUGUCAAGAGAAGUGUCAGAGUGUGGUGUAAGUUUAACUAAACUAACUAAACUCCUGAAGUCUGAAAUCGAAGCAGUCACAUUUUUAAUAUCAGCAAUGAAAGAAAAAUAUCAGGAUACUAAAGUUUGAUUAACAAGAUUCAUCUAUUCUAGGAGUUGUGUGUUAUUCUUGCAGCGUUAACUUCUGCUAUGUGUUUAUUUAAUAUCCAACAGGAGAAAUGACCAUCAGUGCAAAAGUGUGUGGUUCCCCGUAUUUCAAAUCGGACCUUUUUUUCUUGUUUCAGGUGUUUCGAUUGAAACCAGUUCAACCAAACUGUUUUUUUUCUUUUUUUUUUCAUUUUCUCUACAAACCUCUGAAUACUUUAUACAUUUUUGUCCCUUUUAAACAAAAACUCGCGGCCUUAAACAGGGUCUGGACUCACAUUUUGGGAACCACACAUACUGGCCAACAGACAAGCAGCCAUAGACGAACAUCAGUUUUCCCAGAAAACCCAAAAGGACAGAAGCUACAGCUGCUGAUCAUCAUUAUUUUCUAAAUCAAACCCUUUCAGAGUUUAUAAAAUGUUAGAAAAACUGUAAAAAAAUGGCAUUAAAUUCUCAUUUUACUCUGAA